GGCAACGGCGUCCACACUGGCAAAAUCUCCUCUGCAGCUCUGCUAAAAUAAGCCUCCCGCUAACAUAAGCCCCCUUGCGCAUUAACCCCACCAUGCCUGGCGCCCUCAAACUCACCAAUUUAACUUCCCUUUAUGUCCACAAAUCCAAAUUCCCCCACAAAUCCAACCACCACCGUUGUAGAUUCCUUAACACACUCUCCUCCUCCGCCGCUCUCACCUUCACCGCAACAAUUCUCCGGUCAGAACAUUCCACCGUGUGUUGGUGGAGGAUAACUCCAUGCGCAACCCUCGCGCUUCGUAGUAAAAUCACCCUCUUCCCCCACCCUCUCGUCGGAGCAUUUAGUGGCCGGAAAAACUACUUUUAUACCUCCGAAUCGGAGAACAAAGAUCAAAAUAGGAAUCUGACUGGAAAUUAUAAAAAUAAUAAAAAUAACAAUCUCGUGACUCCCAUGGGUGCCACUCUCGAACCGACGCCUUCUCCGACGUCUAAAUUGCUCACCUUGCCUACAAUCUUAACCAUUUGCCGGGUUGCAGCCGUCCCGCUCCUCAUAAGCACCUUUUAUAUUGAUAGCUGGUGGGGAUCGACUGCGACUACUGCGAUAUUUGUUUCUGCGGCAAUUACAGAUUGGCUUGAUGGAUAUCUUGCUAGAAAGAUGAAACUAGGAACUCCGUUUGGGGCAUUUUUGGAUCCAGUGGCUGAUAAGCUUAUGGUUGCUGCCACCCUGGUCUUGCUGUGUACCAAACCGUUGGAAGCCGGGAUAUUUGGACAAGCACCAUGGUUACUGACGGUGCCUGCAAUUGCCAUAAUCGGUAGAGAGAUAACCAUGUCUGCAGUCAGGGAAUGGGCUGCUUCUCAGGACAAAAAGCUUUUAGAGGCUGUUGCAGUAAAUAAUUUGGGAAAGUGGAAAACAGCCACUCAGAUGACUUCAUUAACCAUCAUUCUAGCUGCCAGAGAUAGCAGUUUUGUAGGGAUGGGAUCUCUUGUUGCUUUUGGGGUCAUACUACUAUAUAUUUCAGCAUGGCUCGCUAUGUGGUCAUUAUACGUAUAUAUGAGAAAGAUAUGGAAAGUAUUGCUGAGAUAGGAAUCUCGACCUUCAUCUGUCUUCUCACUACUUGGAAGUUACAAAAUUUUCCAUGGAGCACUUCUUUGCCGGUCAAAGAGGAUUUCUUCAUCGACAUGAACAAGAGAUUGCUGCUUUCUUGGAUCUUCUGCGGUUUCUUGUGUUAUGUACUACUAAGAGAUAUCAUAAACUGUCAACAUAUUGGGCUAUUUUCUGCUGCAACUUUGUUUUAUUUAAUCGGCCGACAAGUGAGAUUGCUGGUUCUUAACAGCAGUUGGUAGCCGUCGGAUCUAAUUUCACAUUAGUUUGUUUAUUCAGUGGAACGUUUAUUUUACAAUCAAUGCUAGACGGACUAGUUAUUGAUCUUGGAAAAUAUAAAACCAAAAGCUGAAUACACCCUACAGUUAUUUUAUAAUAUUAAUGUUACAUUUUCAUAGU